AUGAAUGAUGGCUUAUCGUUCACUUCUCUGUCAUUUCUGUAUGGCGUUCACUUUCUAGACUGUAGCAUGGCUACUGUUACCGCACAGCGGCUAUCCUCUGAGACGCCAUCUUAUACGCAUUUUUCCAAGGAUAUUUUUAAUCUCCCGCGAGGGGUGCCGCUGACGUUCCCUGUGAGCAGUUUUGCUAUCGGAGACCGAAUUCGAGUCGUCUUGUCGCCCAGUUUUGUCACAAAUCACAAGUUUGAUAUCGACCUUAAAAGUGGCAGUGAGGUCAUCCUUCGCUUCGAAGCUCGCACACUGAUGGACGAAGGGGAUACUACAUUCUCUGCAUUUGUCGUUUUCAAUACACGCCAUAAGGGGGCAUGGGAAUCGGGGGAGCAAUCCGCAGAUCGUUGCCCUUUUUACAUCGCCCAAGUUUAUACUAUAGAUUUUGCACCCAGUGGUCACUACUCGAUUUAUGUUCGUGUCAAUGGUCGGACUAUACAUGAAUUUCGUGAGCGUCAUCUUGGUUUCAAAGUAUCUUCGUUCGAAAUCGCUGGAGAUAUUGAAGUUCACUCUAUACAUCUCCCAUAA